CUCAUUUAUCGCCCAACUCACUUCCUGUCAAAAUACUGAGUGAAAUGUCAUUUUAAUAAAUGCCGAAAUAAGCACUUUCAUUUUCUAUCACGGUGAGACAGUCUUAUUGUUGCAAUCAUGUCAGCGUCGGCGCUGUACUUAUUGGACAUGAAAGGAAAGGUCCUGAUAUGUCGGAACUACCGUGGGGAUAUUGACAUGUCCGUGAUCGACAAGUUCAUGCCACUGGUAAUGGAUAAUGAAGAUGAUGGUCUUGCAUCACCGAUCAUCAUGCAUGGAGAUAUCGCUUUUAUCUAUAUCAAAUACAACAACCUCUAUCUUGUUACCACAACCAAGAAAAAUGCCAACGUGGCACUUGUUUUCUCCUUCCUCCACAAACUUGUACAGAUUUUCCUUGAGUAUUUCAAGGAGCUGGAGGAGGAGAGUAUCCGGGACAACUUUGUGCUGAUUUAUGAACUUCUUGAUGAAGUCAUGGACUUCGGAUUCCCCCAGACAACAGACAGUAAAAUACUCCAAGAGUAUAUCACUGUUGAUGGUCAUAAACUAGAGAUUGCCCCGCGGCCUCCAAUGGCUGUAACAAAUGCUGUGUCAUGGCGAAACGAUGGCCUUAAAUACAGGAAAAAUGAAGUCUUUCUUGAUGUUAUAGAGUCUGUUAACCUUUUGGUGAGUGCUACAGGGAGUGUUUUGAGAAGUGAGAUUGUUGGGGCUAUCAAGAUGAGGGUGUACUUAUCCGGGAUGCCAGAACUGAGGCUGGGCCUUAAUGAUAAAGUUCUAUUUGAAACGACUGGAAGAGGGGGCAAGAGCAAGUCAGUUGACCUAGAGGAUGUGAAGUUCCACCAGUGUGUCCGUCUGUCCAGGUUCGAGAACGACCGAACAAUCUCCUUUGUACCCCCUGAUGGAGAGUUUGAACUCAUGUCCUACAGGCUUAACACACACGUGAAACCCCUCAUCUGGGUAGAGUCCGUCAUAGAGAGGCAUGCACACAGCAGGGUGGAAUAUAUGAUCAAGGCAAAGAGUCAGUUCAAGAGGCGGUCCACUGCCAACAAUGUGGAGAUUGUGAUCCCGGUACCGCUGGACGCAGAUUCCCCAAAGUUUAAAACUACUGUUGGAAGCUGUAAAUAUGCCCCGGAACAAAGUGCUGUCAUCUGGACCAUUAAGUCAUUCCCGGGAGGUAAGGAGUACAUGAUGCGGGCCCACUUCAGCCUGCCGUCUGUGGAGAAUGAGGACCAGGAAGGGAGACCUCCCAUCAGCAUCAAGUUUGAGAUCCCAUACUUCACUGUGUCAGGAAUACAGGUGCGCUAUUUGAAGAUAAUUGAGAAGAGUGGGUACCAGGCCCUGCCGUGGGUGCGUUACAUCACACAGAAUGGCGACUACCAGCUCCGCACCAGCUGAGGCCUUUCACGGAGCUACAUAGUGCUUUAGAGAUAAACUCAUAUAAUGAAAGUUCAUUAAGUGGAAUAUUUGAAAUUGUUAUAUUUAUUAAAUAUUGUGGUAAUGUGUCCACGUCCGCUUCAUUAUUGAAAACAUGAAGUGUGCACGUUUUUAGGUUCAACCUACGAAAUUCUAUUUCAUAAUGUAAAAGAUACAUGCAUCAUGUUUUGAAGAACUGUGCAAUGUUCAUAAAAUAAAUGUAUUGAUCAAGUACAUGUUACAUGUAUAAUCUUAAUUUCAGAAACAAGAUCCACAGAUUAAUUUUGUUUUGAAUAUUACCAAAAUCUUAAGAAACAUAGUCCUCAAUAUCAAAAUGCAGUGAUGCUUGCAAAAUAUGUUGUGGUGAUCAUUUCCUGCUUCCACUGAAUGGCAAGCUGUCACUCAGUACUCUUAGUUUAUAUACAAUUAAGACUGAUUGUGUUGGUGACCAUGGAGCAGUUGUUGUUAUUAAGUAUCGUGGCUGCUGUAUAAUAAUGCAUUCCAAGUUGUUAUAAAAUAUUAACCAUUGCUAAACAUGAAUAUGAGCAGGUAGUCUUCAAGUUGAACUCAUAACAAAAGUAUACUACUUUAUUAUACGUAAAUACAUGUAGAUGAUAAAUCAUAAAUAAAUCCUCAUCCUGUA